AUUCCAAAAUCAUUUUAGCAACACGGAAAUACGAGAAUUUAGUGGCGUAUUGUAACAAGUUGAAACACAUUUCGGAGAUCCAAUGAAAAAGACAAACAGCGUGUGAUGACAGGGGAGGGUUGUGCCUUAAAUGCUGGAACGAAGACGUGCAUAUCGAAAGUGUCUCAGUCUGCGAAAGAAUUGAUAGACUGACCUUCCUCUAAAGGGGCUAAUUUGGAGUCCAGAUUCAAGGAAACAAAGAAGAGGCUGUUGAUUUUUACUGUUUAAAACAGUGCAAAAAUGUCAUUGACACGUGAACAAUUUUAUAACAAAGCGAUCAGGCCAAAUUUGGCUCGCUUUUCAUCAACAGUCAAAGUGAGAGCUAUCUUACCUCACCUGCCAUGCCUCACACUCACUGACAGGGAAGAGAUUGAAGCCAAGAGAGAAACUUCUGGAAACUUCACUGCUAUGCAGACACUUCUGGACAAUCUACGCAGACGAGAGAACUGGCCUAAUGAGUUCAUCACUGCACUGCAGAACUGUGAACAUGAGGAACUGGCCGCUGAGAUGAGAACUGCUUAUGACAGGAUCAGAGGAAUCACAACUCCUGCUGCUCCUGCUGCUCCUGUGCCUAGACCUGUGCCUAGACCUGCACCUACUCCAGCUGGUGCCACAGCAACCGUAAUCACAGCAACAAUUCAUACUGUCCCAGCGACCACUUCUUCUUUGCUGAUUCCACCCGCCGUGGACGUCCCAGCACAUUCAGCUGCCCUUUCCAACAUGGCAGCACCAGAACCAUCUCCUGCUCCUGCUCCUGUUCUCGAAGUUCCAGAGACACAGCAAGUGCAAAAACUUCCUACUCCGGUUCCAGCACCUUCUCUUGAACCAGUAUCCCCAGCUGAAAAUGCACCUCUGGUUGUUGCUCCUUCCCAAACACCUCCCCCUGCUGAAGUCUCAGUCUCCAAAGUCCCAACCCUCAUAGGGCCUGCUGAGAACAAAACGCCUGUUUUAGAUACUCCAGAUGGCUUGGCUUUAACAGAACAAACCACCAACUCCUCAUCAACUGGUGAAACUCUCCUCUCCACCUCAAGUGCUCAAGCAUCCUCCUCAAACACUUCUCAAAUUCAAAUUACACAGCCUUGCACCACCUCCCAGAGUUCUCAGAUGUCAGAGAAGAUCCAGGUGCCAAUCGCAGUCAAGGACACCAGCACCUCUGUGAAGGUCCCUGUCCAAGAAUCUAAUCUCCCAUUGAGAGAGGAAAGGACAAUUCAGGGGCCUGAAGAGAUCUCUGACCCAACUGCAAACGAGCAUGUUCAGAGGAACAACACUGCUGGAUUACCAGUUUUUAAUUGCCAAACAAAUUCGACUAGAACAGGUCAGGCAACAUCAUCUGCACCUACUGAUGACCCUCACUCUUCCAUCGACCAGGAAUAUUUCAGCAAACCUGGCAUCCUUCAGCAUCCAGAACCCCAGCAGAACAGAGCAGAGACUCUUCCUGUCUUGCCAGAACAGCCUUGCUCAGUGGUUUCAGGUGAUUUGGAGAUCAGCAGAGCAACAGAGUGUUCCACAGAACCUCGACGGUCUCCUAGUCUUGCAGAGCAGACCUCCACUCCCUUUACUUCCCUUGAUUCUGCUUCUCAGUCCUUAAAUGACAUUGCUGCUCCCUCGACACCUAACCAGCCAGAGGAAGACCACUAUGAAUCUUUCUGUGAUAGUCGGACACUGGUCAAUGUAAUCCGGUUUUCUGAGGAGCCACCUGCUGAAAAUUUGAAUGGUCAGCCACCAAGCAUGCUGCAACGUAGCAGAGACCAGCAUACCCUGAACCAUAGUGGCACAGAAAAUGUAGUUCCUCUCAGUGAUCCAUCUGGGCAUGAUUCAGAGGCAUCAGACCGUAAGAAGUCAGCCACCAUCAACUACCAAGAGCAAGAAUCUAAUGCUAGGCCAGCAACUAUUCAACAGCCAGAACUGAGAGAAGAGGGCUAUGCAGAGUUAUUCGGGAUAAACAACUUUCAACUCAUUGCUGCUGCUGCUGGGAUUGCUCUGUCUGCUGUUUUCUUGGCCUGGAAGCUCAAGCAUUAACUGAAAAGGUCUUAAAAUGAUAGUUCACCCCAAAAUGAAAUUUUUGUCAUUAUAGACUUACCCU